UGUCAAUUGAAGUGAUAUUUUCUGAAGUAUAUGUGCAUAUAUUUGUGACCGCGAGCAGGCAAUUCCAAAGCUUUGGAGAUUAUUGCACUGAAGGGAAGAACCACUUUAGGUGCGACUGUUGAUCUGUCAGAUCGAAUAAUCAUUGCCUCUUCGCGCUGUUGAACUUUAUCUUGAGCGCGCUAUGGCAGAGAAUUAUGUCUUUCACGCCUGGGAUUAUGUUGUUUUUGCCUCUGUACUAUUAGUGUCCACUGCAAUUGGACUGUUUUAUGCUUUUAAACCUGGUGGGGCAAGGCAAAAGACAACGGAAGAUUUCCUUUUGGGAAACCGACAAAUAUCUGCCUAUCCAAUCGCCUUCUCGUUGGCUGCCAGUUUCAUGUCUGCUGUUGCAUUGAUAGGCUAUCCAGCUGAAGUGUACAACACGGGGUUGAAUAUUCUGAUGCUCAACGUUGCUAGAGUAUUUACAACAAUAACUGUUUGCUUGGUUUACAUUCCACUCUUCUACAGACUAAACAUUAUCAGCACUUAUGAGUACAUUAAUAGGAGAUUUGGGCAAGUGGUGAGAUAUCAAAUUGUCUUCUCCUUCAUGGUAUACAUGGUCUUUUAUCUUGGCUUUGUGACAUAUGCACCCUCAUUUGCACUAAGUCAGGUUACCGGAAUGGAGUUGUGGAUUUCAGUUGUAAUAACAGGACUUGUGUGUACACUGUAUACAACAUUGGGCGGUAUUAAAGCUGUUGUCUGGACAGAUGCAUUCCAGCUGUGCAUUAUGGUGAUUAGUCUUCUGGCUGUGCUGAUUAAGGGAUCAAUCCACGUUGGAAGUUUUGGAAAGAUUUGGAACAUUGCAAAGAAUGGUGGCCGGACUAAUAUUUUUGACUUUGAUCCUGAUCCAAGGAAAAGAUACACAUUUUGGACUGCGUGUUUUGGAGCUUUAUUUGGAUGGAUAUCGCUAUAUGGCUGUAACCAAGUGCAAGUACAAAGAUACUUGGCUUGCAAGAGUGAGAAAGAAGCAAAAAAAGCUAUCAUCCUGAACUUGAUUAGUAUUUGUGUUCUGUUCACAAUAUCCUGCCUAUGUGGUUUAGUUAUGUAUGCUGUUUAUGAAAACUGUGACCCAAUAAAAGCGAACAGAGUUAACUCCACUGACGAGUUGACCCCCUUAUUAGUUAUGGAGCUGUUCCAUCAGAUGCCUGGAUUUCCUGGACUUUUUGUUGCCGGUGCAUACAGUGGCACUUUAAGCACAAUUUCUUCUGGCAUCAGUUCUUUGGCUGCUGUCUGUAUUGAAGAUUUUAUUAAACCAAUCUGGAAACCUUGGGGAGAACUUUCGAACAGGAAGAAGAUUCUGACCUCUAAACUCUUAGCAAUGACUUUUGGACUAGUUACAAUAGGCCUGACUGGAAUCAGUUCUCUCAUGGGAAGAAAUAUAAUUCAGGCAACACUAACUUUUGAAGGAAUGAUCCUAGGACCCAUACUAGGUGUAUUUACUUUAGCAGCAUUAUUUCCAAAGAGCAAUGGUAAGGGAGCUUGUGUGGGUUGGUUUGUUGGAGUAGCCUUGUCCACAUGGAUAGGGAUUGGUGGCCUGAUCUAUCCACCUUCUAGUGAAUUUAAAGAAUUACUCGAGACAUCAACAGCAGGCUGCAUGGAGAUUAAUACGACCACCUCUACCCCUGUGAAUGUAACAUCUCCGCUGACCACCAUAAUAUUUACCAAACAGGAAGAAAGGCCCAACAUAGCAGAGACUAUCUACUCGGUAUCAUUUUUCUACUACAGCCCAAUUGCGUGGCUGAGCACACUUAUAGUGGGUUUGGUAGUCAGUAUGCUGACUGGUGGAAAUGAGAAUUUGGAUCCUUGUCUGAUUGCUCCCAUAGUCCACACCGUUUACAAGUACAUCUUCAAAACCAAACCAAUCCCAUCAAUCGCAGAAACAAAUGACAACUUGAUCCAACACCCAAUGCCCAAGGAAAGUUCCAAAGACUGUGAGAAUUCAUCUGUUUUAACUGCUAUCCAAUCAACCAAGUUAUAAUAGUCACAGAGUCAUACCGCACAGAAACAGACCCUUUGGUCCAACUGGUCCAUGCCAACUAUAAUUCCAAAUUAAG